AAAUUGAUUAUGUAAUAAAGAAAGUGUCGGUUUGAACUGAGUCAUUAACAUCCAUACAUUACAAAAAUAUCAAGUCGUUCAUUUACGUUUAGUCUCAAAUCCGCUUUAAAUAGCAUUAACACCUGAUUGAUUGAUUUGGAUGAGCAAAAGAUGGGGUUUGAGUCGCCGUAUGGAAGCGUGGACUCCAGCUUACGUGGUCUGGCGGGGCAAGCCGAGGGCUUUGGACGUUUUACAGUGGGGGGCCAAAACGGCGACGUUUACUCAGUGACGACUCUAGCUGAUGAUGGGCCUGGUUCACUACGGUAUGGAUGUCGGAAAAAGGAAGCUCUGUGGAUCGUAUUCCAAGUGUCGGGCACAAUUGAACUCCGAUCUUAUCUGAGCGUCUCCUCUUACAAGAGCAUCGACGGGCGCGGUCAGGAAAUCAUGCUGACCGGCAAGGGUUUGAGGCUGAAGGAGUGUGAGCAUGUCAUAAUCUGCAACCUGCAAAUCCAAGGGGGCGUUGGAGACGACGCUGAUGCGAUUCAGAUCAAGCCUAAUUCCAAGCAUAUAUGGAUCGAUCGUUGCAGCCUCAGUGAUUUCCGCGACGGCCUCAUCGAUAUUAGCCGUCAGAGCACAGACAUUACUAUCUCACGGUGCCAUUUUGCGAAUCAUAACAAGACAGUUUUGAUUGGAGCUGAUGCUUCGCAUGUGGGGGAUAGAUGCAUUAGGGUUACGAUUCACCAUUGUUUCUUUGAUGGUACUCGGCAGAGACAUCCCCGCGUCAGAUUUGGGAAAGUGCAUUUGUACAAUAAUUACACUAGAAACUGGGCAAUUUAUGCUGUUUGUGCCAGUGUCGAAUCUCAGAUUUACUCAGAGUGCAACAUAUAUGAAGCAGGGCAGAAGAAGAUAGCCUUUAAGUACUACAAAGAAAAGGCAGGUGAUAAGGAGGAGGAAUGCAGUGGGGGCAUCAGGUCUCAAGGGGACUUGUUUGUUGGCGAAACAAAGGCGGGCUUGGAAGGCGGCGCUGGCGACUCAUGUGUAUUUGAUCCUCGCGAAUACUACGACAAAUGGACUGUGGCACCGCCAACGGAUGAACUCAAACACUAUCUCCAACACUGCACCGGAUUCCAACAUAUCUCCCUUCCUUCUCACUCAUUAUGAUGCUCAUCUUCUCGGCCUUUUACUAUUAAUAAAUGUUGUUUUCUUUUGGGACGGCCUUAUAUAAAAGAAUACGAACCUUGGUAUGCUAGUGCCACACGAGACCUUUGCGUUGUUCAUUGGUCAAAAAUCAAAUCUUGUAAUUCAAACUUUGAUUUCAACCUCCUUAUUGUCUUAAGUAGCCAAUGAUUGGGUACCCAAA